AUGGAGCCGAAUAUUGUACCCGUUCAACAACCGAAACCCCAAGCUCUGCCGUCUCGUGCCGGUCCAAGCGCUAUCCUUGUGUCCCCACGCCAGAAAGGCAAUCCCAUACUGAACAAUGUCCGUAGCACUGCUUGGGAGUAUUCGGACAUGCCUGCCGACUACGUGCUGGGUGCCACGACUUGUGCACUGUUCUUGUCACUCAAGUACCAUCGCCUACAUCCAGAGUACAUCUACAAUCGCAUUCGAGAUUUGAAAGGCCAAUAUAAUCUACGCAUACUUCUCACCAUGGUUGAUAUAGAAAAUCAUGAGGAACCUUUGCGUGAACUCUCGAAGACCUCAUUGAUCAACAACGUAACAGUCAUACUCUGCUGGAGCGCACAGGAAGCUGGACGUUACUUGGAGCUUUUUAAAUCUUUCGAAAACACCGCUCCUACAAGCAUCCGUGCACAACAGUCCACUAGCUAUUCUGACAAGUUGGUCGAAUUCAUCACCGUUCCACGUAGCAUAAACAAAACGGAUGCGGUGGGAUUGGUGUCGAAUUUCGGUAGUAUACGAACUGCUGUAAAUGCUGGUCCAGAAGAGGUCGGCUUGAUUGCUGGAUGGGGAGAGAAGAAGGUCCAGCGCUGGUGCAACGCGGUACGGGAACCAUUCAGGAUCAAAAAGACCGCCAAGCGUGGCCUGGAACGUGAUGACAGUCAAUUCACAUUGUCAAGAGGUAUCUCAUAUGCUGAAGGGGAGGUCAGAGAUACCAAUGGGCCCAAUGAAGAUGCUUCCAAACCCUCAGGCGCAACCUCCAGUUCACCCCAUCCCUCCAAGAACAUUACCAAUCCUACUAGCACGGAAGGAAGCUCUGUGCGCCCUGUAGUGAACGAUGCUGCACUCUGGGAACCUGGUGAGGACGAGGAGCUAGCUUUGCUCCAAGCAGAGGCGGAAUCUUCCUCUAGUAAGCCUACGACCAAGGUCUCAACUACUGUUCGAGCAACAACUCCUCGGAAAAGACGAGCGAGCGAAGAUGAAGUCAGUGAAGGUGUAAUGGCGGCUCUGACUAGACUACCUGAACUACAUAUCGAGAUAUUCAACUACCUUAUCCCAAUCGACCUCAAGCAAGUUCGUCUGCUGGACAGGAAAAGUAGCGGCAAUGCCGCUCCGCUGCUCUUCAGGUCCAUGAUCGCAUGUACAAGAUACCAGGCUCUCGGCGCAUUUCAAGCAGUAUCAACGAAUGCUACUCUACACAAGUACGUGAAGGAGCUAGUAUUCGAUGCAUCGGUAUAUCACGGAGGUAUCGCGGCGAGUGAACAACAGUAUAACGACAUUGAACCUCGUUAUCUACCCGAUGCCCCUGGUAACUUCUUCCACAGGCGCAACAGGUUCCGUCGCUAUAAGGAGAUGUACAAUGAUCAAGAAGAAAUCCGAACGAGUUACAUACUCCUUCACGAGAUAUCCCGGGUGCUCGAUAAUUGUCCGAACAUCUCUACCAUCGUGUACUGCCCCGAACCACGCCAGGUCCCAAAGGAAGCCAGGGUAGUGAGAGACAUGAUCCCACGUGGACUACCUGGCGUAGGAUGGCUCAGCUUCGGAACACAGAAAUACAUUGAAUCUACACAAUGGGGGAUUCAUCACAUUAUCGCUGCCGUCCAUCAGUCUCAAUACUCGAAAGUCAGAGAGUUUCGGAUCCUACCAUUAUCCCCAGGACAGCAUGGAACCGAACUCACGACCUUUGUUUUCGACUUUCCCGACCCCCAGUUUGCCGAUGCUGGAGAGUUCUUCUUCCGUCACCUCCAUAAGCUCGAGCUAAAUCUCUCCUUACAUCAUCCUGGAGGUGGCCGUGUCGAUUUGAGUGGCUCCAGUGAACAGAGCAGUCCGCGUGCACAUCUCAGAAACCUCUCUCAUUUACUUGGUUAUGCUACUGAAUUGCAUGACUUGGUAUUCAACAUUUGCCAUUGGGAGCCCAGCCCUCGGAAAACAUACGGCCAUGUUGUUCCCUGUGAUCAGCCAUUGUUCUCCUUUUUGGGCCUCGACCAGAGCUGGACAAAUCUACGCUCGAUAAGCUUAGGAGGGGUGUACGCUUCAGAGCAACAAUUGAAGAACCUAAUUUCGCGGCAUCAUGGUACCCUUCGAUCGCUGCGAUUCGAAUACUGUAGUCUCUUCAACGGUUGCUGGGCUAACCUGGUAGAUGAGGUUCUCUACAACACCAUCAUUUUGCCGUUUUCCAUCAAGGUUGUCAAUGAGGUUAUGGUCGGAGACGACCAUUUCGAGGACUUUCUCGAUUUUGAAAGGAAAUAUUGGCAAUACAGUGGUAGUGUCAUAGUGAAUGGUUCGGGUGAAAGACACUUUGUAAGCUCAUCAAACUUUUGGAAAUCCAAGCGCUUUGCUAACAGAUUAGGAACCUGA